AUGGGUGUAACCGAGUACGCCCGGCACAGGAAGCCGAAAACGACUGGUUUCAGGAAGUCGAGAACACCCGGCGCAGGAGUGCGAUAUGGAAUAACCGAGUACGCCCGGUAUCAGGGGGCCGUGAACGACCUAUUGCCGCCAAAAAGUAAUUAUUGGAGAUUCUUUAUCCGAACCAGUGAAGGUGCCAGAUGUAAAAUUUGCCAACACAUUGUAAAAACUUCUGGUAAUACAACUAAUCUACGGUUUCAUAUGUCUCGAUGCCAUCCUAAUGUGAAACUUGAAAUGGUUGAAAUAAGCAACAAGGAAAACAAAUCAGACUCAAAUGUUGCUGCAGAAUCUUUAACCAAGGAGAAAAGUUAUGGCGUUACGGCCCAUUACAUAGCAGAUGAAGCACAUAAAUCAGUAACUAUUGGUGUCACCGAAUUAAAAGAAAGGCAUACUUUUGAAAAUAUAAAAACUUGGCUAUUAGAUUUAAUGCAAGAAUGGAAAAUCAAUCCAGAUAAUAUUUUCAUCGUCGUAUCUGAUAACGCGUCUAAUAUGAAGAAGGCAAUUACGGAAGCAUUUGGUGUUGAAAAACAUUUACCGUGUUUCGCACAUACACUCAAUUUAAUUCCGUCAAAUAUUAUUAAGGAAGACAAUUUGAUUAAUACAGUAUGUAAAAAAGUUAAAACUAUAGUUACAUUUUUUAAGCAUUCCGUAAUUGCUGCGGAUGAACUGAGAGCUCAGUCAAAUCUUAAAUUAAUUCAAAGCGUUAACACAAGAUGGAAUUCAACGUAUGACAUGCUGGAAAGAUUUAUUGAAUUAGCGGAUAUAUUAAGUGGCAUUCUUUUACACUCACCUACAGCACCAGUAAUGCUUACGGCACCUGAAUUGCAAGCCAUCAAAGACUUUGUUCAGUUAUUAAAGCCCUUCAAAGAAGCUACAAAAAUUGCAUGCGAUGAGCAUUAUUUGACCGGCAGUAAAGUUAUUCCAAUUGUCAACACUUUGAAAAACAAAUUGAAAGCGCUUACACUCAAAACUAGCACAGGUGUACACUUUAGACUUGAAUUAGAAAAACAAUUUUCAAAAAGAUUUCAAAAUAUCGAACUAGUGAAGCCAUUAGCAAUAUCUAUGAUAUUAGAUCCCCGUUUCAAAACUUUCCAUUUUUCUGACAAAAUAGCGUGCUCUCAAUCGAUCAAUAAAAUUACACAAAUGAUAAACUCGAGCGCAUCAAAUGAAUACGACGAUGAAAGCCAGAAAGACGAUCAAUUAACAAAGAAUAACGAAAUGAGGAUGGCGGAUGACUUAAAGUAUUACUUGCAUCAACCUCCAAUAAAAAUGGAUGAAAGCCCAUUAAAGUAUUGGAUGUCAAAUAUGCAUUCGCCAUUAAAAAGCAUUGCGUUAAAAUAUUUAAGCAUAAUUGCUACAUCGGUACCGAGUGAACGGCUGUUCUCGCGAGCCGGAAAUAUUUUAACAGAGGAAAGAAAUAGAUUGUCAGGAAAACAUUUACAGCAUCUCCUUUUUUUAAAUUCGCUUUCGGCAGUUGAUUGGUUAUUGUAAAAGUAGUUUUAACGGAACCGUUUUAAAUAAGUUACAAUUAUAUUAUUUUAUGUAUUUUAAAAUGAAUAAAGAAUAUUAUUCACAGUAUAACA